AUGUCACAAGCGGUAGAAGAAGAAGAAGCACCAACCAGAAUCGGGAGAGAUGACCCUUUUGUAUUCGGCCAGAGACAUUUGACCGAAGACAAGGAUGUUUGGGCACAUAAUGCCUGGGAUAACGUUGAAUGGGGUGAAGAGCAGGUUGCCGAAGCCAUGGAGAAGAUCACCAAGCAGUAUGACGAUCCAGUUGACGAUUUCGAUAAGAAGAGAUAUAAUGAGAACCCUGCGAAGUUCUGGGAUCGGUUCUAUAGAAACAACAGGGAGAACUUCUUCAAGGACCGCAAGUGGCUACAGAUUGAGUUCCCACAGUUAUACGAUGCUAUCAAGCCAGAGGCCGGUCCCAAGACGAUAUUGGAGAUUGGAUGUGGUGCUGGUAAUACGAUGUUCCCUCUGAUCAGGGAGAAUGCCAACCCGUUGCUCAAGGUUGUCGGUGCAGACUACUCCUCAAAGGCAGUUGAACUCGUACGUGAAUCACCAGACUUCAACCCACAAUUCACAGAAGCACACGUUUGGGAUUUGGCCAAUGAAGAAGGCUCCAUUCCAGUGGAGGAACACAGUGUUGAUAUUGCCGUAAUGAUCUUUGUAUUCUCAGCUCUGUCACCCUCACAAUGGGACCAAGCAUUGGAGAACUUGGCAAAGGUGAUGAAACCAGGAGGUGUGAUUCUGUUCAGAGACUACGGACGUUAUGAUUUAGCACAGGUUCGUUUCAAGAAGGGAAGAUUGCUGGAUGACAACUUCUACAUCAGAGGAGACGGUACCAGGGUGUACUUCUUUACAGAGGAGGAGCUUCGAGACAUAUUUACCAAGAAGUUUGUGGAAUCACGUAUUGGUACGGAUAGAAGACUCAUUGUGAAUAGAAAGAGACAGCUCAAGAUGUACAGGAUAUGGUUACAAGCGGUGUUUAGCGUACCAACAUAG